AUGAAAUCUUUCAUCUCCUUGGCAUUCCUCACCCUGGUCGCACUUGUCGAGCUUUCCGCCGCAAGCGCGGUUCAGCGCAAGCCUCGGUCUGCGUUGUCCCUUCGCGCAGACGAAUGCGAGUUCACGGAAUGUAUCGUGUCCCUUGCGGAGCUCCCUCUGCAGAUCACCACCUGCAUUGAAGCUUUGAACGACAUCAACGAAGCGGCUGAGGAUCCGCAAAAUUCCGACCCUAUCAAAACAGCCACGCAAGGCGCGGACUGCAUCGCGGAGGCCUCGCUUGCUGCCGUCGAGCUUCCGAGUCACUGCUCCGGUUGUACCAAGGUCCUCGAUGGUGAAUGCCCACAAUCGGAGAUUCCAUGCACGGGUCCGCCGUCGAAGUGA